UCGUCCCAUCUGUUGCCUGUUGGUCAAUUGUGAAUGCGAGGCUUGCUCUCCAGUACUGUUCAGUUCACAGUCCCCCACCCCCAUCACGACAGAGACUUGACCCCCCUCCAGUUCUAUCCAUGGCGAAUCGCCGCUAGUGCUCGAACACAUCAGCGCAUGAUCUUGACAAAUCAUCGGCCAGUCUAGGUAGGUCAACUGCUCGGAUCGACCGCACAAGCAAAAAGGAUAAUCUAUCAAACUCCCAAGAAUCAGCAUCCCCACCCAGUUGGCCAGUUCCAUCUCCGCCCACCAUGUCCAUGUCCGUGCAGAUCCCAAUGGAUCACCCUGUCUCUCCCCCACCUCCGGGCGCCGCCUGCGACGCGGUGGAGGACGAGGUUCCUCAGCCGCCGGCCAGUGGCAGGCCCGUGCCUGUGCUUAUCUCGCCCAUCGUCGCCGUCCCCGCCGCCGGCGCUUCGUCGGCUGGUCCUGCUGCUGCUACUGCUGCGCUGCCACCGGCGUACACCGGCGUGCUGUAUAUGCACACGCACAGCCACAAGUGGCCCGGGGUGGCCGACGACCACGGCAAGAAGCGGGAGAAGUGGCUCAAGGAGAUGCGCGGGUGGCUCAUGGUGCUGGCCGUGCUCGCCGCCUCCGUCACCUACCAGGCCGGGCUCAAUCCUCCCGGCGGCUUCUGGCAGCAGGACGACGCGCAGGGCAACGUCGCCGGCACGCCCGUGCUCCAGUCCAAAUUCCCCAAGCGGUACACGGUGUUCUUCUACUUCAACUCGACGGCGUUCGUGACGUCGGUGGUGAUCAUCGUCCUGCUCAUGAACGAGUCCUUCUACCACUCGGAGGCCAAGGUGGAGGCGCUGGAGGUCAUCGUGGUGCUCGACAUGGCGGGGCUCAUGGGCGCCUACAUCGCCGGGUGCACACGGGAGGUCUCCUCCUCCAUCUACAUCAUCGUCCUCACCGUCGUCGUCUUCCUCUACGUCCUCUACACGGCGCAGUUCCUGCCCAAGCUCUGGGGCCUCCUCGUCCACGUGCCCUUCCUCCACAAGGCGGCGCAGGGAGGCGCGCUGCCCGUGCCGCACGACAUCCUCCACACGGCCAGGCCGCGGGUGGACAUCGGCCGGACCAAGUCGGCGCCGCCGGGGUCGGUAGGAUUGGUCACCCGACCAGAGGACGAGUGAUGGCGGCGAUCGUGAAUAAUUCCGUUUCCUAGAGCUUCAGCAAACUUUAACUAGCUGGAUCCACUUUUCUCUAGUCUCUAGAUGUAUCAAGAUUAUUUGCUCGCUGGCUAAAUGAGCCCAAUUGCAGUCAAUGGUGCGGUUAUGUCCUCUA